AUGGGCCGCAGAACCCAGACCCUCCGCCGCAUCCGACGCCUCCUUCGAUCUCCUGUCCUUGUCGUCCUCCUCGCUCUUUUAUUCCUGGCCGAUACGGUUCGAAUAAUUCAUAUAACUUCCUCUCAAACCGCAAGUCUACAUACAAGAUCUCCGCCAGCGAACACAAAGCGAAUAUAUAUAGCAAGCCAGCACUACAAUAAUGCAGGUCUUCUGAGGGACAGGUGGAAUACUGCCCUGGUGGACUUAGUCCAUGAACUGGGCCCAAAGAAUGUCUUCGUUUCAAUCUACGAGAGUGGAAGCUGGGAUGAUACAAAGGGUGCAUUGAAUGAGCUUGACAAUGCCUUAAACGACUUCCAGGUUCCCCACCGGAUCGACAUGUCGAAUACUACCCACAAGGACGAACUCGUCAAAGAACCCACUAGCGAUGGAUGGGUACGGUCGCCACAUGGAUCGCAAGAGCUGCGCCGCAUCCCGUUCCUUGCGAAUUUGCGCAAUCGCGUGCUAGAGCCUCUUCGAACAAUGUCUGAGGAGGGGCAGCAUUUUGACUUGGUUCUCUUUUUGAACGAUGUUAUCUUUACCCCAUCCGAUGUUCUUACCCUAUUGGACACGAACAAUGGAAAUUACGCUGCAGCAUGUUCACUGGACUUUAUCAAGCCUCCAUAUUACUAUGACACGUUUGCGCUGAGGGACAGUGAUGGCCAUGAGACUGCAAUGAGUACAUGGCCAUACUUUCGCUCCUCUACCUCUCGACGUGCGAUGGAGCGGUUCCAGCCCGUACCGGUGACGUCCUGUUGGAACGGAAUGGUUGCUAUGCCAGUGGAACCUUUUCUUGCAUCGCCCCCUCUUCGUUUCCGAGCGAUACCCGAUUCGCUUGCAGCGUCGCAUUUGGAGGGAUCGGAAUGCUGUCUCAUACACGCGGAUAACCCCCUUUCCGUCACCAAGGGCCUUUAUCUCAAUCCGAAUGUCAAGGUCGGCUACACCAUAGCAGCAUACGAAGCCAUCAACGCCCCCGAAGCGUCUUUGUCAUCUAUCGGCAUCUUGGAAGCUAAAUGGAAGAACCGGAUUUUGCGUUGGACGACAACCCCCCUUCUCAAGGAAUGGAUCGUGCGGGGAAGAGUCAAACGCUGGGAGGCAGGUACGGAAGGGAAAGAGCGAGGACUGAUUUGCUUGAUCAAUGAAAUGCAGGUUCUUAUGGAGAAGGGGUGGAAGCACGUGUGA